AGGGAAGAAGUCAGGAGAGACGGACAAGUUAAACGGAAGCAGAGGACCGCGACGAGUCACUUCGUUUGUGUUAGAUUAUUGGACUUAUACUAGAUAGACCCAUGGGCUUGACCUAAUCAAUGAUGGGAAGCAUUCUCUAUAAAUAAGGGGUUAUGGUCCCUAGUUGAAUACGCCAUUCUGUCUUUCUGCAUCCCAUCGCUAGAGAGAUAAUCCCGAGGGUGUGUAUCAACUAGAAGACGCAAAUCCUAGCCUCCGUCUCCCGGAUCUCUAAAGGUCGUCUCCAAUGGAGUCAGUCAACAAUUCUGCUGCUACAAUAUCUGCUAAUAUUAAUAGCAUCCCAGUGCUUAACGACACAAAUUUUAAGGAAUGGAAAGAGAACGUUAUGAUCGUUCUCGGUUGCAUGGAUCUAGACCUUGCAUUUCGGACUGAGAAACCCGCCGCUCUUAAGGACACAUCUACCCUUGAUGAAAAGAGGGAGAUGGAGAGGUGGGAACGCUCAAACCACAUGAGACCAAUGAUCAUGAAACGUGCAAUUCCAGAAUCAUUCAGGGGCACGAUAUCUGAUGAGGCUGAUGCCAAAUCGUUCCUUGCCGAACUUGAAAAGCGUUUUGCUAAAAACGAAAAAGGCGGAACUAGUACUCUUUUCAGCACUCUUGUUUCCAUGAAGUACAAAGGCAAAGGGAAUAUAAGGGAGUACAUUUUGGAAAUGUCUCACAUUGCUUCAAAACUAAGUGCACUAAAGCUUAUUUUACUUGAGGAAUUGCUUGUGUAUUUUGUUUUCAUCUCUUUUCCUUCUCAAUUUAAUCAAUUUAAAGUCAGUUACAACUCCAUUAAGGAGAAAUGGUCUCUCAAUGAGCUCAUUUCUCAUUGUGUUCAAGAGGAAGAGAGAAUAAAGCAAGAUAAGACAGAAAGUGCUCAUUUGGCAUCUACCUCUAAGGGCAGCAAGAAAAGGAAAAUUAAGGAAGCUGCAAAUUCAGGGCCUCCCAGGAAGCAUCAUAAUGAAACUAAGGAAGAAACUAAGGAAUCUGGAUGCUUCUUUUGUAAAGGGACUAAUCACAAGAAAAAGAACUGCACUAAGUACCACGCCUGGCGUGCGAAAAAGGGGUUGCCUGAGCUACCGAAAACCAAUUGAUGGUGAAAGAUACAUCUAUGUCGGUGAUGG